AUGCCAUUGAACGUCUUGAGGUCUCCCCUCAAGUCUAUUAAUAGCAAUGUUGAGGUAGUAUCACCUUCAAAGAACCGUUUUAUUGCAGACGAAAAGCCUGAUUUGCCUCCUCCAUCAGCAUCAGCUUCAACCCGGCCUAUGCAAUUAUUGGCAUUAUCUCCAACUAAAAAUACUGUAUUAACUCAGCCAGAUGCUGUGGAUGAAAUAGGUAAUUCGGGACUGAAGAGUCGUUUGGUGAUUGAUAAAUUGGUACUCACAAACUUCAAAUCAUAUGUCGGUGUGCAAGAAGUUGGACCUUUCCAUUCAUCAUUUUCGGCAGUGGUUGGGCCAAAUGGUUCUGGAAAAUCAAAUGUUAUUGAUUCUAUGUUAUUCGUCUUUGGUUUCAGAGCGAACAAAAUGCGUCAGGCCAAAUUAUCUGAAUUGAUCCACAAUUCUGAUAAGCAUCAAAAUUUGUCGUUUUGUUCUGUCGAUGUCCAUUUCAAACAAGUAAUUGAUAAAAUUGAUUAUGGGGAAGAUGAAAGCCCUGUUGAUGUAGUUCCGGGUGAGGAUCUUGUGAUCACUCGUAAGGCCUACAGGAACAACUCUUCUGAAUAUUAUAUCAAUGGGAAUAGGAGCAAUUAUACUGAGGUUACUACUCUAUUGAAGGAUCAAGGGAUUGAUUUGGAUCAUAAAAGAUUCUUGAUUUUGCAAGGGGAAGUUGAAUCGAUUGCUCAGAUGAAACCAAAAGCGGAAAAAGAAAAUGAUGAUGGUCUACUUGAAUAUUUGGAAGAUAUCAUCGGGACGGCUCAAUAUAAAUCGAAAAUCGAGAAUUCUUUGGAUGAAGUUAACAAUUUAAAUGAUGUCUGUGUGGAAAAAGAGAACAGGUUUGAGAUUGUGGAAAAAGAAAAAGAUAAUUUAGAGGACGACAAGGAUAAGGCCUUGAAUUUUUUAAAGCUCGAUAGGCAACUAACCCUAAAAAAAUCCGUGGCAUUCCAGGCGCAAAUACACAACAGAACUGAAAAGUCUAAGGAAAAUCUAGAGAAAUUCACCAAAUUGAAAGAAAGACUUGAUGAGGAGAGAAAGAUUAAUGCUGAUUUGCACAAAGAAAUCAAAGAUUUAGAUACUAAGUACUCUGAAUGCUCUAUGAAGAUAAAAGAUAUCAAUGAACAGAUAAAUAAGCUUCAGAAGAAGCAGAGACAGGUUGACAAAGAGAAUGUUAGAUUCGAUGAGCAAAAGAAAAAUUUGAACAACAAGAUCAAAAAAUCAGAAAAAAUGAUCAGCGCUACAAAUACUUCUUUACAAAACGCUAAUACCAAAUUGGAAAAUCAUUUGAUGGAGCAAAAGGAGUAUGAAGAAGAAUUGAAGGAAUUACAAUCUCAAUUAGAAAUAGAGGUUAAUGAAUUGGAAUCAGUUAGAAAAGAAUUGUCUAAUAAAACGAAACCUUUCACCGACGAAAUUUCUAAGAUCCAAAAAGAGUUGCAGCCUUGGAAUGAAAAACUAAACGCUAAAGAAUCCCAAGUGAAGGUGGCGGAAUCAAAUGUUGAAUUGAUUGAAAGCGAGUUUUCUAAUUUCGACAAAGAAAUUGCAGCUAAGCAAGACCAAAUGGAGAAAAUUGUGGACCACGGUAAAAAGCUACAGGAACAAUUAAUUUCCUUGAAGAAAGAGAAGAGUAAGAUACAAAAGCAGAUCGAACACGGUACGAAAGAAACUAAGAAUGCGGAAAUCAGGCUUCAGGAAAUGAAAGAAAACUUGACCAAUACUAGACACAAAGUAGUUGAUGCAAAAAAUUCCUUAUCUAAUUCUCAGAAUAAGUCUAAAGUUUUAUCUGGCUUGCUAAGAUUGCAAAGAUCAGGAAGAAUUUCGGGCUUCUACGGCCGUUUGGGGGAUUUGGCUGUCAUUGAUGAUCAAUAUGAUGUCGCCAUAUCUACUGCUUGCUCACAGUUGGAUGAUAUGGUUGUUGAAACCGUGGAAAUUGGCCAACAGUGUAUUGAAUAUCUUAGAAGCCAACACUUGGGAUAUGCCAGAUUCAUUUGUUUGAAUAAAUUGAGACAGUUUAGAAUGGAUCCGAUUAACACUCCAAUGAAUUGUCCAAGACUAUUUGACUUGAUUAGCCCCAAGGAUCCAAAAUUCUUGCCAGCAUUUUACAGUGUAUUGAGGGACACUUUGGUGGCCGAAAACUUGAAUGCUGCUAAUAGAGCAGCUUAUGGCUCUAAUAAGAGAUAUAGAGUCGUCACUUUAGAUGGUAAAUUGAUUGAUACUUCUGGUACCUUAUCCGGUGGUGGUAAUUAUGUUCAUAGGGGUGGCAUGAGAACCAAAUCUAACUCAACUUAUGAUGAUGCUGAAUUGUACACAGAAGAAGAUGUCAACCAUUUGGAAUCUGAAUUGGUUGCGAAAGAGAAGCAUUUCCAAGUGGCUCAGGAUACAUUAAGAGAAAUGGAAACUGCUUUAAAGCUGUUGCAUGAUAGAGACCCUGAAAUUGAUGUUCUGAUUUCUAAAAUCGAAUUGGAAAUGAAAUCAUUGACAACAGAUUUGGCGUCAUUGACCAAGAUUGUGGAAGAUUUGAAUUCGACAAAAGAAGCCACGAUCGCAAAGUUGAACCUGGAUUUGACAGAUGCUAAAGAUAUUGUUACUCAACGUAAACAACAGUUGGCGGAGUUGAAAGAUGGUGCUUCAUCACUUGAGAAUCAAUUGGAGAAAUUGGAGCAGAAAAUUAUGGAUAUUGGUGGUGUCAAAUUGAAGAUGCAGAAAUCGGAAGUGGAUGGGAUAAAUCAAAAAAUUGAGAUUCUCAAUCACAAAUCGUCUACUACGUUGCAUAGCAUAAAGAAGGCACAGAAUGAGAUUAAAAGAAGUGAAAAGACUUUGAAAAAUAGUGAGGUGGAAUUAUCGACUACUAGUGCCGAAUUGGCAAAAAUCGAAGAAGAAUUCGCCAAAAAGGAUACCAAUACCGCCGAACUUGAAAAGCAGAUAAACAAAUUGAAUGAUGAAAAAGAAUCAAUUGCCGAGGAAGUUGAUCAAGUUAAAGAAGAAUUGGGUACUAAAAAAGCCAAAAUCAAUGAAUUGAAGUCAACUGAGAUUGAAUUGGAAAAUUCUAUUGAAAAGUAUGAAGCAGUUGUUAGACAUGAUAAAAAAGCCAUUGCCAGUAUUAAGCAUGAAUUAGAUUCUUUGGAAUUCAGGGAUGUCAGCCAUUUGAUUGGUUGGCUUGAUUUAGGCAUUCCAGUCAAGAAGGCUGCUGUGAAGGAAAAGUUCAAUAAGAAAAAGAGAAAGAGAAAGACCAGAAUCAAUGAUGAUGGUGAGGAAGUUGAAGUUGAAGAGGAAGAUGAUGUGGAGGAGGAGAGUGAAGAGGAUAACGAACAUGGUCAAACAGAGGAAAUUGAAGUUGAUGAAAACGAAGAAAAGGAAGAGGACGCAAAUAAAGAAGGGCAGGAGGAUAAUUCUGAAGGUGAAAAUGAAAAUGAUGAGAAUGGAACCCAGGCGGAAUCAGGGGAAUAUGAUCUAUCAGAACUCAAGGAGCUCAAGGAACUAUUCAACACAACUGGCUUCCCAAUUCUUAAUGAAGAAAAGAUCUCUGAACUUGAUCUUGAUGAAGUUUAUAAUGAAAUAGAAUCUAUUGAAGGUGAAUUAGAAAACAUCAGAGUUGAUGUUAAUAUUUUGGAAGAAUAUGGUAGAAGAGCCUCAGAGUACCAUAACCGUAAAACUGAUUUGAAUGAUGCUGUUGCGGAACGUGAAAAGUUGAGAGAUUACGUUGAAGAAUUGAAAAAGAAGAGAUUGAAUGAAUUCAUGAAAGGUUUCUACACGAUCUCUUCAACUUUGAAAGAAAUGUAUCAAAUGAUCACCAUGGGUGGUAAUGCGGAAUUAGAAUUGGUGGACAGUUUGGACCCAUUUGCAGAAGGUAUUUUGUUCAGUGUUAUGCCUCCCAAGAAAUCAUGGAAAAAUAUUUCAAAUUUGUCUGGUGGUGAGAAAACGCUUAGUUCUUUAGCAUUAGUCUUUGCCCUUCAUAAGUAUAAACCAACACCGUUAUACGUUAUGGAUGAAAUUGAUGCGGCGCUAGAUUUUAGAAAUGUCUCUAUUGUGGCCAAUUAUAUUAAAGAAAGAACCCAAAAUGCCCAAUUUAUUGUUAUUUCGUUGAGAAACAAUAUGUUUGAAUUGGCACAAAGAUUGGUAGGGAUUUAUAAAGUUCAAAACAUGACCAGAAGUGUCACUUUGAAGAACCGGGAUAUUCUUGGUAAUGGUAAUGGCGGCACUGAUACAAGGGGCAGAAGUAGCCAAAUGGUACCUGGAUCACCAAUAAGAAACUUAUCUCCACUAAGAAUGAUUUCUCAAAAGAGGUCUCGCUCUCCAACCCGCUCUCCCUCUCAGGCACCUUGA